AUGAAGCUCAAGGAGUUGAUUUCUUAUAUUAAGACAAAGCCAUACAUCUUUGGUAAUGUCAUUGGCUUUACUCAUGUCGUUGAAUUUCAGAAACGUAGCCUGCCACAUGCUCAUAUGGUGAUUAUUGUGGAUGAACCGAGCAGACCUACUCUUGAAACGUAUGAUAAGUAUGUCACUGCCGAACUCCCAGAUCAAAGCAAGCACCCCAAAGCGUAUGCUACAGUCGUUAGAAACAUGAUGCAUACUCCAUGCGGAAAAAACAUCAAUAAGAAAAGGCCAUGCUUAGAUGAUAAUCUCCAGUGCACCAAGCAAUAUCCAAAGCAAUACACCGAAGAGACUUUCAUCGAUUCUAAAGGAUUUGUUCAUUACAAACGACGAAGUCAACCAAGAAGCAUGCCUGUCAAAUUUGGGGAUUAUUAUGCUGAUAAUCCAUGGGUCGUACCUCAUAACUUAUACUUGGUGACAAAGUAUGAUGCUCAUAUCAACGUUGAAAUUUGCGCAGGAGUCCAGGCAAUCAAAUAUCUUCACGAAUAUAUCACAAAGGGUAGCGACAAAUCUCAAGUCAAAUUAAGUAGAGACCAAGCCCAAGAUGUCAAUAUCACAACCAACGGCAAUACUGCCACUUCUCCAAUGACAGCAGCAUCCACCUCUACGGCCACAUCAUCUGCUCCUACAGUAGGGCAGCCUCAAGAAGAUAAUACCAAUAGAGACGAGAUCUCAACUUGGGUCAAUGCCAGAUACAUUUCCCCGUCUGAAGCGUGCUGGCGCUUACUUGGAAAGAAUUUACACUCUACUUUUCCGUCAGUUACUCGACUGGCAGUUGAUCUUCCAAAUCAGCACAGGGUGUACUUUAACAACAACACUACUAUUGCCAAUGCCGUAAAUGCUGCCAUAGCAAAGAAGACUACUUUGCAAGCAUUUUUUGAAUUGAACGCAUCAGGAGACGUCUUUGCGCAGAAUUUGCUUUAUAUUGAUGUCCCAAGACAUUAUUCAUUCGACAAAAAGCAGAAAAAAUGGGUAAAAAGAAGGCGAGGAAUCAACAGCCAGAACCGUGUUAAGGGGAUAGGCAGAAUGUAUUUCGUGCCUCCAAGUGCUGCUAAUAUGGAGAAAUAUUGCAUGCGUCUACUUUUAUUGCAUGUUCGUGGCCCUCAAAGCUUUGAUAAUUUAAAAAACGUCAAUGGUGUUCAAUAUGCCACAUUUCGUGAAGCUGCUCAAUCCAUGGGACUCUUAGCAAACGAGGAUGAAUGGCAUUUUUGUCUCGAUGAAGGAUAUUAUGCGAUGAUAAGAACUGGAUCCUCUCAGGUGCGAGAUCUUUUUGUAACCAUUCUGAUGUUUUGCACUAUCUCCACCUACAAACAACUAUGGGAUAAUCACAAGGUUCAACUGUCUGAAGACUUUAUUCAUGAAAUUCAACAAUCUCAAGCUGUUCUACAAAAAUUGACUGAUGCUCAGCUGGAAUCUUGCUAUCAAAAGGCAUUGAUUGACAUUAGUAGAAAAUUAAUGACGCAUGGAAAAUCAGCCAAGAAUUAUCCAGAGCUGCCCCAAAUCGAUGAAUCUCUUUUCAAUCAGGAGGAUGAAGAGCUUCGAUCAUUAUUUGAUCAAGAGGUAGUUGGGUAUAAUCUGGAGACCUUGGCUACUGAAGUUCGAAUUUAUGAGGAAAGGAUGAACGCUGAUCAGCUUCAAAUAUACAACACUGUGCUUAAUUCUGUAAACAAUCCUGGUCUUGGUAUCCCUACAUGUUUCUUCAUUGAUGAUCCCGGUGGUGGUACUGGAAAAACGUAUCUGUAUCAUGCUCUUCUCACUAAGGUUAGAGCAGAAUCAGGAAUUGCUUUGGCAACUGCUUCUUUAGGUAUCGCAGUAACUCUUUUACCAGGUGGUCGUACUGCUCACAGUACUUUCAAGAUACCUCUCAAGACAGACCAAACAUCAACCUGCCACUACUCAAAACAAUCAAACACUGCUAAACUUUUGAAGGAAGCAAAGCUGAUUAUUUGGGAUGAAGCACCAAUGACUCACAAGCACGCAUUUGAGGCUGUAGACAGAUCGCUACGUGAUUUGAUGUCCUCAGUACAUAUUUCUUAUGUUGGAAAGCCUUUUGGUGGAAAAGUCGAUGUUCUUGGAGGGGAUUUUCGUCAAGUUCUCCCGGUAGUCAAGAGAGGUUGA